AUGGCAGAGAAAAUAACAGACAACUUGAAACAUACCCAAUCUAUUAAAGAGGGAACGAUAAACGAUGCCUCCACAGCUGAAGCCUUGACAUUGUGUCGUGAUGCAGAUGACAUCGAGAUAAGCCCUGAGCUCGAUAAGUCUUUACGAUGGAAGCUUGAUUUGAGGCUGAUGCCUCUGCUCUGCUUCACUUACGCUUUACAAUCCAUUGAUAAGAAUACUAUCAGCUAUGCUGCUGUGUUCGGCCUGCGAGAAGAUCUCAACCUCAAGGGAGAUGAGUUCUCUUGGACUGGUGGGAUAUUCUACCUCGGUUAUCUCGUUUGGGAGUUUCCGACUAGUAUCUUUCUUCAAAGGUUUCCGAUUAACUACUUCAUGUCGGGAACUGUCAUCGCUUGGGGCGCCGUACUUAUGGCCCACGGAGCCGUCAACUCCUUCACAACCCUAAUCGUCGUCCGUGUCCUCCUCGGCGCCCUCGAAGCAGCCAUAAACCCAGGAACAAUGCUCCUCUUCAGUAUGUACUACAUGCGAAAAGAGCAACCUCUCCGCAUGGGUAUAUGGAUUGGCUCUGCUGGAAUGGGCUACAUCAUCGCUGGCAUAGCUAGUUUUGGUAUAGGCCACGUCAAGUCUGCUCUACCGUCCUGGCGAGUUCUUUUCAUCAUCUGGGGAUCUAUCACUGUGGCUUGGGGCGUUAUUCUCUUGUUCUUACUGCCAGGUGCCCCUAUGAGAGCGAAAUUUUUGACGACCGAUGAGAAAGCGAGAGUUGUGGCGAGGGUCAGGGGAAAUGGCACGGGCAUUGAGAAUAAGCAUUUUAAGAUGGCGCAGUUCUGGGAGGCGAUGCUUGAUAUGAAGACCUGGCUACUGUUCCUGUUUGCUCUUACAAGUAACUCACCCAACGGAGGCUUAUCCGCAUUCCAAGGCCUUAUCAUCAAAGGUGCCGGCUUCAGCACCCUCGACACGACACUAUAUCAGAUGCCCUCCGGUGCAGUCCAACUAGUUGCAUGCGUACUUGCCUGCUGGGGAGCUUCUGCUAUCAGAAACUCCAGAAUCCCAAUCAUGCUUCUCGGUCUAGUCCCCUUCCUCGCCGGUGUUCUAGGUCUUCACUUCCUCCCUCACAGCGAUGCAUACGCUCGCUUAGCAUGUCUAUGGAUGUCUUUCUCCUAUACAUCAACCUGGACGCUUAGUAUGUCAGUCUCAAUGGCCAACACAGCAGGGCAUACUAAGAAGAUCACGACAAAUGCCUUGCUGCUAAUCGGGUAUUGUCUGGGAAACUUUGUCGGACCAUUCUUCUUUAAGUCUAGCCAGGCGCCUCAGUAUGAGCUUGGAGUUGGUGGCGAGUCUUGUUGCCCUCUGGGUCCUGUUGUGGAUGAGGAAUAG